AAGAAAACUGUGCUCCUUGCGCAGGGGAAAACAGCCGCGAUCGUAAAGUGUGUGGAUUUAGGUUGAGGGAAAGCCCAUGAUAAGGAUAUCCUCCGGUGUGACUCGUGGAAAUCGUGCGUUUCCUUCCAGCACCAGCAUUUCCAGCUCUGCUGCUCGGCGUAGUCUUCCGUGGGUCCGCACCAUUUCUCUCCAGUUUCUCGAAGCAUACCGAGCGAGCGUGAAAUUCGCGUAUUACUGUGAAUAUUGAAAGAUAAACAAGUUCAGCAGCGGCGAACGCGACAAUCCAGGUGCGCUGCGUUCACAUUGUGCCCAGUGUGUGAGUGUUGCGUUUAGAACGAAAAAAGAGAAAAAAAAGAAAUCAUGUGAAAAAGUGAGUGCUGGAAAAGCGAGUGAGAAAAUUCGUCUUUGAAAAGCAACCCAAAUCAUCGCGUUGCUGCAUUCUUCAAGCAGAGAUCGAUAUUCUUGUGGCGUGCGAUUGAAAAUGUGGCCAGAUUCGCGGCGGAAUCGGACGUUCAACGAUUCAUAAAAAGUGUGUGCCAGGUCCGCGCGUGCUCCGGUGCACCCGUUGUGUUGUGUUGCAAAAUUACAGGCCAAAAAGAAGGGCCACGUUCAUGCCGAACGGAAUUUGGUAUCGUGUCACGGAUUUCGUGACAAUAAUAAUGGCCAACGUAUAAGUGUGGUGGUCCGAGUCAUCGGAGCAAGUGUCCGAAAUACUGAAAUUAUCAAACCUUCUCCUGCGUGUACCGUCCGUGACUGAACGCGGAAAAGCAGGCGAAAAGCGGUGACGAGAGCAGUAGGCAGUGGGGGAGAAAAGAAAAACGUAAAGAAGCAAACGAAACUGUUACUGGAGUGUGUUUGCUGGCAAAAUGGAGCUUUCAAGUGUCACGGAUUGCGCAACGAGAAUUGUGUCUUGCCUUGGACGGCGCUUCCCCCUUCACCACCUGGAAACAGCGGGACCUGCCAGGUGCUUCGGGGAGGGCAACAAUAUCUACGACGAACGAACCAUCCCGGAUCAACAAAACCCCAUUAGCAACAACCAGCCCUACCGAUCGGCGAUAGCCACGACACUUGCCACAGCAACCAUUGAGUUCUACAAAUUCCUCGCUAGAUUUUCUGGAAGGAGACGAAUCGAUCAACAACAGCUGCAUCAACUUUACAACCGAACAGUGUCCAUGUUGGCAGUUUUUCUAAUUUUAAGCUCAGCUUUUCAAACGACAGAUGCCUGCUCCAGUCGAACAACACCGAAGCCCAGACCUCCCAGUCCAACUCCUAGACCAAAUAUUACAUUCCACACCUACAAGUGCCCUCCGGCAUACGCUGCCUGGUAUUGUUUGAACGAUGCUACUUGCUUCACAGUGAAAAUAGGAGAUUCCUUGCUUUACAACUGCGAAUGUGCCGAUGGUUUCAUGGGGCCACGAUGCGAAUACAAAGAUUUAGACGGUUCCUACUUGCCAACCCGACCACGCGUUAUGCUCGAAACGGCUAGUAUAGCGAGCGGAGCCAUCGGCUCACUAGUGCUACUCAUCAUUGGUUGGUGUUGCUGGUGUGUCCGAAGACAUCAGCGCCAUAAAAGAUUGGAAAAAGAAAACGGUGGCGUGGAUACGGUCGACUCAGCCGGUGUGCUACGUGUGGUGCACAGUGAGCAGUCUCUGCGACCGUUUGGCACUCAUCAUCUCAAAACAAUUCCGUUGAGUGAGGCACUCAAACGGUAAGCCAGAAGUAAAGCCCCCGGGUUCAACAUUCGAUCCAGAAGCGCUGAAGCUGAGCGCUGCAAUUGGUCCAUACACAACAACUUUAUCGUUGCCUUCAUUAUACACAUGAGCUCACCUCAACGAGCAUCGCCUAGGGUUUGGAUCUAUAGCUACUCGAAGCGACAACGUUAAAACUAGUGAGAAAUUGGGCGAAAAGACGCUUUACCGAUAGCAUAUGCAUUGAAUAGUUGGAUAGCCGGAUUAGGAAAGUGUCUGCCUGGUGAAUCGAUCACGACAAGCGACGAGAGCCCUACAACAGUUUGACAAAUUACCAUCCGCCGAAUAGCAAUCAUGUACACAGAACAAUUUUGACCCAUUUACACACUCACACAGCUUAACAAAGAACGCAUGUUUGGAUUUGGAUAAACUUUUAACGUAUCAGGUUUGAGCAACAACUCCUCGGUAUGAUCAAGAUCACGUAAAUACGAUCUCGGAUGUGCACAGAGCAUUGGAUGCAUCUGCAAAAACAAACAACAAGUAUGGCAAAGAGUUAAAUCAUACGUUUAAUAACGGCAACUAAUACCUUUUUAUGGAAAAUUUUACGUGAUUUUGAUUGUAAAUGUUUUGCCGCCUGUGUGGUAUCUAACGACUGCUUGUCGUUUGUGCGCGCGCUGGAUCUGUAUGAUACUGGUUAGCGUGUGUGGUUUUUUUUUAUAUAAAAAGAUAUUUCAUUCCAAAUAUCUUGUUCCGAGACAACAUUUGCCUUAAGAAGUGAAGUACGAAGCGAAACUAUUAUUAUAAAUAUAAAACAUUCGAACAUUCAAAGACAGAACGUCAUCGAAUGAAACUUGACAACAGUAGGCAGUAGUAGCUGCAGUUUGAGACAUUGAUUGUGCUUUAGAAGAAGUGCGUGGUGACAACGAGCGUGCGCGCGCGCGGGGGUAUUAGGAUGAAAGGAAUAAGCGCCGUACUGGGGGGCAGAAAGUGACAGUUAGUAAAGAAACUAGAAAUAGGAUUAAUCGUUCCACGCUUAAACAUCAAACACUUAUGCAUGACAGUGUGCCUACUACCCUAGAGAGAGAGAGAGAGAAUGAAAUUUGUUGAAUAUUUUUUCCAGCCGCUAAAUGCAUUCGCUGUUAUUCAAAGAGGCGGCAAGGUAAUGCAUCCGGUAUAUGCCUAGAUGAAGCCUAGAAUUAUCUUGAUAGAUAGUUUGAAAGCAAUCGAAACGCACGUAAAAGAUCAAAAUGUGGCAAUAUGAUUGUAUCCAGCGUCAUCAGCUCCUUGAGAGCAGUGAUGGCGGCAUCCACAACCGGAUUAGUAGUCCUUCGAUAUUGAUUUUGGCUUAUUCGUAACCCUCAGUUAUGUUUUGUCAAACAGUUUUGUGUGGUUUCCUCGUCUAGGAAGCGUUUCGACGGAAGAUUGAUAAAAGGUGAAUGAACUGGCAGCCGUGCAACAGACGAGCAGUAUUUUAACAAUCAAAAUGGUGCCAUCUGGACAUUUUGAGAUUAGUAUUCUUUAUUUUUCUUUUACAUUGUUUUCCGUUCAUGUUAGAUGUUAGUGGCAGUUGUGGUUAAUAUUGAAGUUGUAUACUCCUUAGCAAAACACGAAUGCUACUAAUACUUCUACUAUAUUACUGUCGAUACUCUUCUGAUUCGAAUGUGCGCUUUAUUUUGCUCACUGAAAGUAUUUAUCGGUUUUCGCAACAAUAAUUCUAUUCCACUUCUAUCUCCUUUUCGCUAUUUUAUUUUAGUAUUUAUUAUACCGUAUAUUAUUUAUUUUAAGCCAUAUAAAUGCCUUCAUCUUUGUCUCUAGUUGCAUCGUAGCAAAACAUAACGAAAAAGGAAAAAAUGAAAAAUUACAUACCCUGUUACCGCUGUAUAGACAUAUACCGUAUAGUGUCUAUAAAGCGGCGUAAACGUAAUAUGUCGACAUAUAUUAAAUCUACCAAAUCUAAGCGAAUAGUUUUUUAAUGCAAAGAAACCGUAUAGCAACAUAAGACCCCCCCAACGUUCGAUCAGCGAAAGCGUCGACCCCCGGUGAAUUGUAUCUUUGAUGUGCGAUCUAGAUACUCCAGUAGUAACGUCCAGUAUCGUGAGACCCAAGCUAAGGUUGGUUGGCGAUAGAGAAGGAAGGUGGGUGAGUGGGUGGCUGGCAGCAUUGAGGAAAGUACAUACACCGCCAGGUGUGCAGUACGUGCACCCCGCCGAAUCAAAUCCUUACUUUCUAAAAGUUAUUCACUACAAGUGACCCACACUAGCGAAUCGAAAUUAAAACUGAUUGAAUGUGACGGAAUCUAUCUAACUUUCCUUUUCUUUUAUCCAAUUUACAUUUGAUUGAAAAUAGAAAAAAGAGGUAGGAGGGGGGGGGGAACGUUAAAUCGAACCUAAUAUAAUUUUCAAAAUAAGCUUAGCCGUCAUUAUGUACAUAGGGGAAUUCCGCAACGCAUUGUCGAACUCUGUGUUAGACCGACAUGGAUACAUACAUAACCUCACCACUUAAAUCUACACUCUCAAUGAUACAUCAAAUAAGUAUGUUAAUCUUGUUUACUGCUUGAAUUAUCUUCUCUUUCGAAUCAAAGAGCGCAUAAUAGUGUACACACAUCACACAGUACUCAUCGCUGGAGUUAAUAGAUGAAUGCGGAAGUAGUCGGUAUUAUUUGAAGUUGCAUUAUUUUUCGCGCUUUACUAUUUAUGCCAGGCAACAAGCUAGCACGCGUAUGGUGUGUAUUUGGAAGACAACGAUAAUAUAACAGCUGCUGCGGGUAGCGAACAAAGAAUUGCUUGAAUAACUAUAAACCACAUGCCCCUACAAAAUCACACUCCGUUCUCGUAACACUGCCAGCUGUGUUGUCCAGCAAAGAGAGACAACUGGACAGCAAACGUUAGGACAAUUUGGAAAAAAAUGCUUGCUUUCAAAGGCAAUUCGGCCGCAACCGGGACUAAUCGCGAAGGAAUAGCUUCACUGGGGGGAAAUGGAAGGUGAACACAAUGUAUUAUAGAAGAUAUUUUCAUUUCAAAUUGUAUGUUAGCAACUAUACAUUACAGUGUCGAUCGCUGUUAGUGCUGUAUAUAGGUUUGUUUCUAGUUUUUUUCCCCCCAUUUCGGCCUUGGGUUUGAAUUUGUUUGGGCAAAUUUUGUAUAAGAGGUUGCCAAUACUACUACUACUACUACUACUACUAUUACUACUACUAUUACUACUGCAGCGCCAAUAGCAAUUAUGAGAAAGCACUCUUUUGGUCGCAAAAUUGUUUAUCGAAGCGAGUAUUUGUUUAUUUUUCUAUUUUAACAUCAUUGUUUCUCUCUCUCCUCCUUAAUGAAGCCUUUCAGUCGCAUGUACGUUAGGUUUACGUUUUAUGAAGAUCCUUUGUAUUAUAUUAUGAGCUUUAAGAUGAUAAGAAAAAAAACAACAAGAACUAACGUGACUUCUAGAGACAGAAAUAAAUAAACACGAACACAUAAACUCA